AAUCCCUCCCACGCCACCGCGUUCAUAUCUUCUUCUUCUCUUCAGUGAUUUUGAAUCUGGCUUUAAGUUCUCCUGAUGGAUCUCAGGAGACCGAGUAGCCCAGUGUACGGUCGUCAAUGGAGCAGAUCAUCCAACGGUACGGAAUCUAGAUCGCCGUCGAUGUCUCCAGCUCACCGGAAUCAAAUCGGUGGUGUUGGUGGCUUAUCAACCGUUAAAAGAACUCAAAACGUAGCCACCAAAGCGGCGGCUCAACGGUUAGCGAAGGUUAUGGCUUUACAGAACAAAGACAAUGAAGAAGACGAUGAUGACGACGAUCACGAAUUCAAAUUCGCACCUCCUUCUUCUGGACCUAUCAACGGUUCCUUCGCUCGCCGUAAUCGAUCGCAUUCACCUGCGAUAGGUAGGAACAUCACUGAGCAAGUGACUUCAGUGCGUUCGUCGUCGACAGGAAGGCCAUCAACGUUUAGUAGAUCAUCAACUCCGAAUGCGUCUCCCCUUUGGAUGCCACCUAAGGCAUCGUUGAAACCUCCGGUGAUUAUUCCUCCAAUUGAUCAUUCAUUUAAGGAUAGAGAUCAAAGAUACUUUGGUGAUGUACCACGCUUAGUAAAUUCGAGAGAUAAGGGGUAUCAGCGAGAAGCUUCAGCUCUUCGUGAUGAAGUGGAUAUGCUACAAGAGGAGAAUGAGAUUGUAUUGGAGAAGCUUCACCGUGCAGAAGAAAUGCGUGAGGCAGCAGAAGCCAGGGCUCGAGAGCUGGAGAAACAGGUUGCUUCUCUUGGAGAAGGAGUGUCUCUGGAGGCUAAAUUGUUAAGUAGAAAGGAAGCGGCAUUGCGCCAACGUGAGGCUGCUCUUAAGGCUGCUAACGAGAAAAAAGAUGGGAAAAAGGAGGAAGUUGUUUCCCUCCGUUCAGAAAUUCAGAUCUUGAAGGAUGAGGCAGAAACAGCUGCGGAAUGCCUUCAAGAAGCGGAAUCAGAAGCAAAGGCUCUUCGUAUAAUGACUCAAAGAAUGGUUUUAACACAGGACGAAAUGGAGGAAGUAGCCUUGAAGAGAUGCUGGCUUGCCCGGUAUUGGGGUUUGGCAGUGCAGCAUGGCAUUUGUGCUGACAUAGCACCAUCCAGGCAUGAAAAAUGGUCGGCUCUGGCUCCUCUUCCAUUUGAGCUGGUCAUAUCUGCAGCACAAAAGACCAAGGAGUUAUCUCGGGACAAAGGUGGGAGUGAUCAGAGCAAAACUGCUAGAUUUUUAAGUGAUCUACCUGGAGAAGGAAAUAUCGAAAGUAUGCUUUCAGUUGAGAUGGGUUUGAGAGAGCUGGCAUCCUUAAAGGUUGAGGAUGCUGUUAUGCUUGCAUUCGCACAGAAGAGAACACCGAGUUUGGUUCGUCAAGAUUCCAAAGGGCAUGGAGAACUCAGUUUUGUAGAAUCAUACGAGAUAAAAGAAGGGGAACAAGAAGAUGUUGCCUUUAAGCAGGCAUGGCUUAUGUACUUCUGGGGUAGAGCCAAGUUGCAUAGUGUGGAAGAAGACAUUGCAGAUGAACGUUUCCAGUUUUGGACCAGUCGUAGUGAAGGAAAAUCUCCGACUUCACAAGAUGCCGUUGACGUGGAACGAGGUUUGUUAGAGCUAAGGAAACUAGGAGUAGAGCAACAAUUAUGGGAAGCUUGUCGCAAAGAAACAGAUCAGCUUCUUCCAUCUUCUUCUCCGACAUCUACUCUUUCAAAUCACAACCUUGACUCUUAAUUUAAAGAUAUCAAUAGCAUUAUUCUCUAUUGUAUAACCGAAAAAACAAAUCAUCAUAAUCUAAAAUCUUAAGUUUUAAACCCAAAAAAAAAAAAAAAAAGAGAGUGCUAAAAGUCUAACCAUUUCUGAAAAUAAACACAUGUAGUGGGAGAGAUAACACCAUCAGGUGAACAGAUCGCUAUAUGCGGACAAACCCCGCAAGGAAUCGAAGCAAAAGCUCCAGCUCUCGGUUCGCCAUUACCGAACUUUUUCCCGGUCAACCUGUAGCAAACUUCUCCGAUUCUCGUAGAAGCAAACUCAUUCAUUCCAUUACUCUUCACCUCCAUGAUCAAAUUAUCCAAAAUCAAGUUCUUAAGUAUCUCCUUAGUCUGAUCAACACUCAGCUUCUCCUCUUUAACAAAAUACCCACACAAAACCUCCAAAGUAACAACCCUCUGCCUAUGCCUCUCCAAAAUCAUCACACACUUGGCUUUCAAAUCUUCGAUUUUCGACAGGUCAAGAGCUCCAUCAGUGUACCAUUCACCACCAGUAAGUUCACUACAAGGCUCAAACUCCAUUGCAAGAUAAUGUUUGACACCUUUGUUGUUCAUGUUUGCUACUUCUUUGAUGAGAUUCUUCUUCCGUAGAGAAGCGAUCAAUCGAGUAACUAUAGUUGCUGGGAUCGUUUUCUCGCGUUUCAAUUCGAACAUAGUUGCGCCUCUUCCUUGGUUUAUUCGAAUCAGAUCCAGAAGCUUCUUCUCGUGUGGCUCGUUUAGAUCACCUCCCGAUGAUUUCGGAUCCGGACGUUUUCGUUUACUCAUUCUUACAAAUUCACCAAACUGCAAAAAUCAAUCGGAAUUGUGACACGGUAAUUGAGAGAAUUCGUGUGAUUUACGAAAAGGAUUGAUCUAUACUAUAAGAAGGUGAUAAAAUCGAUGAUUCUGAGAUUACAAAGGAUUUUGGUGAAGAUUCAGAUUCAAUUUACCUGGAGAUUGGUUUACUGGAGAUGAACAAUCCGAUGAAUAUAGAGGCUUUAGGAGAGUUCAGAGAACGGAGAAGUCGUCCGUGACUGGAACGGAUACGAAAACCCUAGGUCUGCUUUUAGCUAAA